AGUGUGCGCCGCUUGCCACCUUCCGCCUUUCCAUGACCACGCCGCUCCUGCUGUGUGAUCCUAGGACGACGCGCCUCCCGACUGCCCUCGCACGCUAGGAGUGGGGAGGGGAGGCUGAGCACGAGCACGACACGAGCGCCGCCAACGCCAACGCCAAGACGAGCUCGCGAAGGACCAUGCCGAGAUCCAGGGGCAACGAGCCGCCGCUGCGGGCGUCGCAGCGCGCGCCGCUGCACCUCAAGACGACGGCCUGCUCCGAGGCGAAUGGCGCGCACCACCGCCCCGUCGCCGACCGGAGCAGCCCCAAGGUCGGCGACCGGCACUCGCCGCGCAGCCCUCUGCCCGAGAAGAAGCGUGCGGCCGGGACGCGUGUGGCGGAGCUGGAGGCGAAGCUGGGGAAAGUGCAGGACGAGCUCAAGAAGCUGCGGGAGCAGCUCGCGUCCGCUGAGGCCGCCAAGAAGGACGCGCAGGUCGCGCUCGAGGAGGCCAAGAAGCGCGUCGGUACCAAGGGAAGCCCGGCCUCCUCAUCCACCACCACCACUUCGCCUCCCUCUCCCCCUUCGCCAGGUGUCGAAAGCGCGAAGAAGCCCGAGGAGCUGAAGCUGCCGCAGCCGGCGGCCGAGGAGGAGAGCAGCGUAAACGCGCCGGCGACCGAUGUGUUUGAGGUCGUCCGGGCCGAGUCCGGGGACAAGGAGAACCAUAGCGCGACGGCCACGGGCGCUGAGGACUGCGAGGUUGUGAGCUGCGGCGAGGAGGCGGCGCUGGCCGAGAAGGAGGAGGAAGAGGAGACGAAGAAAAUGAUCGAGGAGGACAACAGCGCGGCGGCGGAAACCGACGGCGCCGAGAAGGAGAGCUGGGAGGUCCUGGAGCUGAAGGCGAAGCUGGCGGAGAAGGACGCGGAGAUCGCCGCCCUCGCGGCAGAAAACGCCGAGCUCAAGAAGCGGUCCGGAGAGGCCGCGGAGGCGGCGAAGAUGGUCGAAGAGGACGCGGCGGCGAAGGCGGCCCAAGCCGAGCGCGAUCUGAAGGAUGGCGCGGCGCGGGAGGCCCGGACGGGCGAGCAGCUGAGGGCGUCGGAGGCCGCGCGGGAGGCGCUGGACGCCGAGCUGCGGCGCCUGCGCGUGCAGACCGAGCAGUGGCGCAAGGCGGCGGAGGCGGCGGCCGCGGUGCUCGGCGGGGACAACCACCUCACCGGGCUGGCGGGCAGCGGCAACGGCAACGGCAACGGGUGGGGGGACCCCGCCACGAUGCCCGACGACGGCGACGACGAGGGCUUCGGUGGCAAGCGGAAGGGCGCCGGCAUCCGGGUGCUCAGCGACCUGUGGAGGAAGAAGGGGAGCAAGUGAAGGCCUGCCUCCCGCGGAAUGGGGGUGAUCGUGUUUUGGAUUUCGCAACGGUGAGCCCGCGCCAGCUUCAACUCCAUUGCCUGCCUUGCACUAGCUUUAGCUCCAUCAUUUUACCGCGUUUUGGUUUGGAUUCUACUUAUGUUUGUAUGAUGAUGAUGAUGCUCGUGAGAUUGAACUAUGUCUGUAACGACUGAUCCCGCUGCUGCCUGCUACCUCAGCGUAAGGAGCAGCAACAAUGCUGGUUUGGGUGAUCUUCUUUGUUAUUUUCCAUAGCGGAAUUGAGGAAUGCUCGAUUGCAGCAGCAUCCG